UACCACCUCUCGAGUAUUAAGACAAAAUUCAAGUGAAGAACAUGCUACUUAUUAGAUUUUUAAAAUGGCAGUUUGGACCAGCUAUAAUUUGUUUAAAUGUAGCAUUUUCAAUAGCAGAUAGAUUUCCAAUCUUGUGCGUUUUCAUCGGCGGCGUUGGAUUAACCCAAGUGGUCCUAUUCUUCUACCAAACUGUCUCCAUCUCGCCUAAAGAUCGAGCUGUCCUAAUCACCGGCUGUGAUUCCGGCUUUGGACAUUUAUUAGCUGAGAGAUUGCAUGCCAUGAAGUUCACUGUGUUUGCCUGCUGCUUGACAAGUGAGACGAGCGAUGUCGCCGUAGGUUUACGAAAGAUUGGCAUUCGCACUAGGCGUAUGCAUGUUAUUCAAAUGGACGUCACCAGCCAGAAAGAUGUGGAUAGAGCUCGCAAAAUUGUGGAGGAUCGCCUCCCGAAGAAGGGACUUUGGGGUAUCGUUAACAAUGCCAGUUGCUACAGAUUGGGCUUUUUGGAAUGGCUCCCCUUGGAAACCUACGAGUCGCUCUCAUCGGUUAAUGUAUGCGGUGUCAUCCGUGUGACGAAAGCUUUCUUGCCGUUAAUCUGCAGGAGCCGCGGAAGAAUAGUUAACGUCUCAUCAAUCUUGGGUCGAGUUGCAGACCCAUUUUUAGGUGCCUACUGCAUCAGCAAAUUUGCGAUGAAGGCUUUCUCGGACAUUCUCCGCUUGGAGAUCAAUCCGCUCAAAGUGAAAGUCAGUUUAAUUGAACCGGGUAACUUCAUGUCAGCAGUGAACAUAGUCGCAGGCAAAGAUAGUUCAAAUGCCAGGACCCGCCAAAUGUGGAAUCAGUUGCCCGAUUCCGUUAAACAAGAUUACGGGGAGGAGAGUUUAUUAAGACAGACCCGUCUUUGGGAAUCCUUUUUGAAUUUGGCGGACAGAGAUAUCGGUUGUGUUAUCAACGCCAUGUCCGAUGCCCUUUGCCGAUUGUUUCCCAAGUACCGCUAUUUCGAAGCUAAUCUGUUCGAUAGAACAAUGGCCAGUUGCAUUCAGUUCUUGCCUACCUUUCUUUCUAAUCAUCUGAGACUCUUUUUCCACACUCAAUUACUCAAGUACAUGUAUGAUUAAUUUUG